GGAAAGGGUUGUCAGCUGUCAUUUUAUUCUUACACAUUGGGGAACAGUAGUUUAAGCAUUUGGGAAACACUUUACAGAGCGUUUUCUUGUUAGCUUGUUUAACUCUUAGAAUAGCACUGUAAGGAGGCUGUUUUAUUAUCCCUGGUAGAUGAGAUAAAAACUGAGUUAAGUUUAACUCUAACUCCAAAAGUUAAAUGAUUUACUUUACUGUUUUCUCUGACUUAAGACCCAGUAUUCUUUUUAUGUUGCCCAUCACUAAAUUGUUUGACUGUAUUUUUCCCUAGUGCUCUGAAAUUCUGCCAGGAGUAACUUAGGAAUAUCCAAUAUUGGUCCUGGAGGGGACCAUUUAAUGGGAGCUCAUCUAGCCCAGUGCUUCUCAAGCUUGAGCAUGAGAAAUCUACCAGAGAGGCCCUGAACAACAAAAAUAUCAAGCCCUUGUUGAAUACCUUCAGCCAGUUGCCUGGAAGGUAAGGCGUUGAUAUCCAUGAAAUAGGCUCGCUGAAAUCUUUAUACUUACCCUGAGCUGCUUUAAAAAUGCAGGUGUUUUUUGUUUUUAAUAGUGAAAAUGAAAAAAAAUGUACCCUUGACCAAGCUUUUAGAGGUGUUGUAGAAGAAGAAAUUAUAAAUCAUUCAUCAUGUGAAAACGUUUUAGCUGUUAUUUCUCUUGCUAUUGGGGGAGUUACUGAAGGUAUUUGUACAGCAUCUACACCUUUUGUAUUGUUGGGAGAUGUUUUGGAUUGCCUUCCUUUGGAUCAGUGUGACACGAUAUUCACUUUUGUGGAAAAAAAUGUUGCUACUUGGAAAUCAAAUACAUUCUAUUCUGCUGGGAAAAAUUAUUUACUACGUAUGUGCAAUGAUCUCUUACGAAGAUUAUCAAAAUCCCAGAAUACAGUCUUCUGUGGACGAAUUCAGCUCUUUUUGGCCAGACUUUUCCCUUUAUCUGAGAAGUCAGGUCUUAACUUGCAGAGUCAGUUUAAUCUGGAAAAUGUCACUGUUUUCAAUACCAAUGAGCAGGAAAGCACAUUGGGUCAAAAGCACAUGGAGGACAGAGAAGAAGGAAUGGAUGUGGAAGAAGGUGAAAUGGGGGAUGAUGAAGCUCCAACAACUUGCUCCAUUCCAAUUGAUUACAACCUGUACCGAAAAUUUUGGUCACUUCAGGAUUACUUUAGGAACCCUGUGCAAUGCUAUGAGAAAAUUUCAUGGAAAACUUUUCUCAAGUAUUCUGAAGAAGUUCUAGCUGUUUUUAAGAGUUAUAAAUUAGAUGAUACUCAGGCCUCAAGGAAAAAGAUGGAAGAAUUGAAAACAGGAGGAGAGCAUGUAUAUUUUGCAAAGUUUUUAACAAGUGAAAAGCUGAUGGAUUUACAACUGAGCGACAGUAACUUUCGUCGACACAUCCUGUUGCAGUAUCUCAUUUUAUUCCAGUAUCUCAAGGGGCAGGUCAAAUUUAAAAGUUCAAACUAUGUUUUAACUGAUGAGCAAUCACUCUGGAUUGAAGAUACUACAAAAUCAGUUUAUCAACUACUAUCUGAAAACCCCCCUGAUGGAGAAAGAUUUUCAAAGAUGGUAGAGCAUAUAUUAAACACUGAAGAAAACUGGAACUCAUGGAAAAAUGAAGGCUGCCCAAGUUUUGUGAAAGAAAGAACAUCAGAUACCAAGCCGACAAGAGUAGUACGGAAGAGAACGGCUCCAGAGGACUUCCUAGGGAAAGGACCCAACAAAAAAAUUCUGAUGGGAAAUGAGGAGUUAACAAGGCUUUGGAAUCUCUGUCCUGAUAAUAUGGAAGCCUGUAAAUCAGAGACAAGGGAAUAUAUGCCAACUUUGGAGGAAUUCUUUGAAGAAGCCAUUGAACAGGCAGACCCUGAAAAUAUGGUUGAAAAUGAAUUCAAGGCUGUGAACAAUUCUAAUUAUGGUUGGAGAGCCCUGAGACUGUUAGCACGGAGAAGCCCUCACUUCUUUCAGCCAACCAACCAGCAGUUUAAAAGUUUGCCAGAAUAUCUCGAAAACAUGGUAAUAAAGCUAGCCAAGGAAUUACCACCUCCUUCUGAAGAAAUAAAAACAGGUGAGGAUGAAGAUGAGGAAGAUAAUGAUGCUUUACUGAAGGAAAAUGAAAGUCCUGAUGUUCGGCGAGACAAACCUGUAACAGGGGACCAAAUAGAGGUAUUUGCCAACAAACUGGGUGAACAAUGGAAGAUUCUGGCCCCCUACUUGGAAAUGAAAGACUCAGAAAUUAGACAGAUUGAGUGUGACAGUGAAGACAUGAAGAUGAGAGCUAAGCAGCUGCUAGUCGCCUGGCAGGAUCAGGAGGGAGUGCACGCGACACCUGAGAACCUGAUCAAUGCACUCAACAAGUCUGGGUUAAGUGACCUUGCAGAAAGUCUAACUAAUGACAAUGAGACAAAUAGUUAGCUUUUUUUUUUUAUUAUUAAAACUGUGAUAAGCUUUUGUUACCAAGCAGCAUUUGAUAAGAGGUUCACUGGUUUUGGUAAACAAUAAACAUUUUUAUAACAGUUGUACAGUUGGCUGGUGCUCCAAGAACAACAGAACGCAUGGUGGCUCUUGAUGACUGACCUCAGGGUCUGGGGGGACAAGGGGGUAGGUUGGGAAAUGGCCAAAGUAAAGUGACCUCAAGGUCACAUAAUAUUUUUGUUAAUUAAACAUUUAUAAAGUCAGUAAGCAAUAUUUAGGGGCAUGGUGUUUCCUAAGAUACACUAUGCCAAACUGGUUUCCUGCAUUCCAUUAGCAGUUACAGAAUUUAACUUGCUAUCCUGAACAUCCCACAGUAAUACUUUCUGAAACUAUAUGACUGCUCUAGUCUCAUCUAUGCUUUAAAGCAGAGGAUCAGCAAACAAUGGUCUGUUUGUCACCUCUUUUUAUAAGUAAAAUUUUAAUGGUACACAGCCAUGCUGAUUCUUUUAAGUACUGUCUAUGGCUCCUUUCAUGCUACAACAGCAAAGUUACAUAGUUGCAACAAAGACUUAUGGUCUGCAAAGCUUAAAACAUUUUUAAAAUACCUGGCCCAUGGCAGAAAAUAUUCUCCAACCCCCAACUUUAAAAGAAAUGGGGUGAAGUCUAAAACGUAGUUCAUUUAGCCUUAGAGAACUUAUUUUAAGCUCUCAAGUCAUUAAAAUAGGGGUACAUACCUCAGGGAUUGUUGUGAAGUUCAAAUGAGAUGUAUGUGAAAGCAUCCUACAAACAGCAAAGCACUAUGUAGUCAUCAUGGCUGGAGACAGUUUCCAUUCCCACGUAAGUUACCCUUUAGGGCGCUACGGUCAUUGUUUUGAAUCUGGAAGGAGGGCUAAGUGCCUGUCACUAAAAAUAUUCUUGCUGGGGCUUCACCUCACUAGUCCAACAGUGAUCCAGCACAGCUCUAAUAUCAAAAGGGCCUCAGUGCGAGGGGCACAGCACAUAAGGCACGCUCAGGAAUCAAUCAAGACAUUUUCUUGCUUAUUCUCUCUUUUCAAAGAUCUUAUAUGAAAGGCUGAAUUCUAAAAUAGCCUAAAUAGUUUAAAACAACACUAGUAUAAGUCCGAUUUCUUAUACUUUAUAAUGCUUUUCUGGAUCAAAUAAAAUGAAGUGUUUUGUAAUGACAGUUAAGGAAUUAUAAUUUAAAAUGCUAAUUCCAUACAAGGCUUAUAUACUUUGUUCUAACCCUACCUGAUCUAGUAGCUACAGCAUCCUCCAAAUCGUAAAAUCUGAAUUCUAAUUCCUAAAUUGGUGUCCUCAAAAUUGUUCAGAACAAAAUUAGUGAAUAAAAAAACUUCACAAAUUUACAAGCAUCACACCAAUA